AGCGCUUUAUUUAAGUAGAGUCGUUCAUCAAGUUGCACUGAUCAUUUACUAUCUGAGAUUAAACUACGAUGACUAUGGCAUCAGCACCGGAGUGGCUUACCCACGAAUAUAUUGAGCAUGCACUCCGCACUCAUUAUAAAGAUGAUCUCCUGCAAAUUGUCAAAUUUGAAAUAAAUCCCGCCUUGGGUCCUGGGGAGAAUUAUAGCGGUGUUUUGACCAAAAUACGUGUGAGCUUCAAAGUCUUUCAGAACGGAGAGAGGAAAGAGACUAAGAACAUGAUUGUAAAGACUUCCAUAGAUGAUGAUGAGCUGACACAGGAAUUAAUUGCUCCCUAUGACAUCUACAACAGGGAAAUGAACAUUUACGAGGAGGUAUUGCCAAAGCUGAAUGAACUCCUUCACGAAAUUGGAGACUUUGAGCAACUGUUUCCUACCGCCAUCUAUGUGGAUCGUGAGCGUAUGGCCAUUAUAUUUGAGGACCUCGCCGUGGCUGGCUAUGUAAUGGCUGAUCGCAUACGACGCCUGAAUGCAGAGCACGCUCAUCUUAUUCUGCGGAAAUUGGCCAAAAUGCACGCUGCAUCGGCUGUGCUAAAUGAAAGAACAAAUGGUUGCCUAGAGGGCUAUGAUCGUGGCUUUUUUAAUAAUUAUACCAACGCCUUUAGUGGAUACUUUGUGGGAACCCUUCACGCAGCAGCUCGUUGGAUGAGCCACAUCGAAAAUAUGAGACAAUAUGCCGACAAACUUUCCAAGCUAGCUCCCCAUUAUAUGGAUAUUGGACGCAAGUGUUUUGCUCCCACACUGGGACAGGUGAAUGUUCUCGGACAUGGUGAUGUCUGGACAAAUAAUGUGAUGUUCAAAUACGAUUCAAAAACAGGGCAUCCUGUAGAUGUUUUACUCUUUGAUUUUCAAUUUUCGUUCUGGGGGUCACCCACCAUUGAUUUGCAUCAAUUUAUAAAUACAUCGCUCGAGGAACAAUUGCGUCGCGAUCAACAGAACGAUCUUUUCGAAUUCUAUCAUCGAAUCUUUACCGAAUAUUUGAAAAAACUUAAAUAUCAUCAGAAUCCUAUACCUAGUUUAGAGCAAUUCAAACUACAGGCAGAAGAAAAACGUUUUUUAGCCAUGCACUGGUCUGUUGUGGUGCAACCGGUGAUGAUUAGUGAGGAUUCCACCGAUGCCUGUUUUAAUGCCUUGGUGAACAAUGAUGAGCGUGGCAUUCGUUUCAAGGAUCGGCUCUUUCAAAAUCCCAUUGUACAACAGAACUUAAAAGCUCUCAUUCCCGAGUUUGAUCGAAUUGGUUUACUUGAUGUACGAAGUUUAGAUAAUAAAAAUUAG